GUACAUUGAUAUUUUCUUAGUGAAUUUGACAGAUAUGGAAUAUGAGUCAUUUUCAUGUAUACAUUAAGCGAUGAACUAACUGAAUCGAUCAACUACAAAGAAUUAUUUCACAACUCAGAUUCCCUUUUAAUUAAGUUUAUCCACAACGCGCUGUAAUUUAGUUCGUAAUCGAAUAGAAUUGUCCAUCGAAAUAAUUGGGUAUUUUGCAGCUCAUUUUAUACAUUCACAUAAUACACGUAUUUCCAGCAUACAACAUUGUGUGUCCUUCACAAAUAAAAUUUUUGCAUCGUUUUUUUUUCUCGUAAGAAGCAACUUCAACACUUUACAACAUAGAAAAAUGUCAGCCAUGGAAAAGCAUUUGUUCAAUUUGAAAUUUGCGGUGAAAGACCUGGAACGACAGUCAAAAAAGAGUGAAAAGCAAGAGAAACUGGAAAAAGCCAAAGCGAAGAAAGCCAUUGCGGCUGGAAAUGUAGAUGUAGCCCGGAUUCAUGCUGAAAAUGCCAUCCGACAGAAAAAUCAAAAAGUAAAUUAUUUGCGAAUGAGUGCUCGUGUCGAUGCUGUUGCUAGCCGUGUCCAAUCAGCGUUGACAACAAGAAAUGUGACAACAUCGAUGACUGGUGUUGUGCGCGCCAUGGACGCUGCCAUGAAGGGAAUGAAUUUGGAAAAGAUUUCAUCGUUGAUGGAUAAAUUUGAGCAACAAUUCGAAGAUUUGGAUGUUCAAAGCUCGUACAUGGAAAAUACCAUGUCACAAACAACAACCACAGCUGUGCCCCAGGGCGAUGUUGAUUCAUUGCUACAACAAGUUGCCGAUGAAGCUGGUUUGGAAUUGAACAUGGAGUUGCCAAGCGGUCCACAAGCAUCAGUCGGACAAUCGACUCAAGUAUCACAAGAACAAGAUGAACUUACCCAACGUUUGGCCAGACUUCGUCAAACCGAAUAAACCAAACACAUACAAGCCUAUACCACAUACGUUCUUCUGUUUGCUUCUAAUUUUUUUUUUCUAAUUUUCAAAAUGUGAAAUUUUAUUGAACAGAAAUAUUCGUUAAGACAUAAAAUACAGAGUAUUACAUCCCUGAAUAGAUUUUUAUCGAAACUACUUCAAAUGAUGCUUAGUUUCGGCUGUAAAGAAUAUGGAAAAUAAAUGAAUAUUAUUAAAUUAAA